CCUUCCUCACAUACUGUGCACGUGAAUCUGCCCUCAAAGCCCAGAAUGCACUGCAUGAACAGAAGACACUACCAGGGGAGCAAAUGCUUUGGUUUUGUGAGCUUUGACAACCCCUCGAGUGCCCAGACGGCCAUCCAAGCCAUGAAUGGCUUCCAGAUCGGCAUGAAGCGACUCAAGGUGCAGCUGAAGAGGCCUAAGGAUGCCAACAGACCUUACUGAAUGGGGUCAGUGGACUGGGACAAUGCAGGAGCUCAAUUGAGAAAAAGAGAGGAAAAAAAAAACCGGCCUUGUUUUCCUCUUGACGUUUUUUAUUUUUGGUUGUUAGACCAAAGCGCAUAGCAGCACACAGGAGCGAAACUUCACCAUGGAAACCAUUAUACCCAUCAAUCCUGUACAACUAAAAUAUGAGCAUCACAGCAGCUACAGUUUUAGGCUCUCCGUGUUUCCCUUUCCCCCCCCCCCCCCCCCCCCCCCCCCCCCCACCCCCCUGUUGUGUCCAGCCGUUCCAGAGAUUUUCACCACAUGCUCACAGCUGGAUCCAUUUAGAUGAUGUACAUACGUCUAUUGACAAAAAUCUACAUGUUAAGAAAAAAAAACAUAUCAAUGGUGUUAUUCUACUGAACAGGGUUCUACUGUAUAGUGUAAUCUGUGGUGUGUGGCGUUAGCGAGGCGUCUGAUUGGUGGGAGAGGCGAAGGAGGAGGAGGGGGAGGAAGAGGAGGUCUCAUUGGACUAAUGAGCAAAAAAAGAAAAGAAAAAAAAGAUAAUUAAAUUAUUCUGUAUUCUGAUUACCAUUGGUACAAUUGUUAUGUAGAGUUAGUUUUAUUAUUUAAAAGUAAAUUAAAGAAAAAGACAAGGGAUUACAUUGUAAAAGAGAUUAAUUUCCUCUCGCUGUAUAUACCUAAGUUUCAAAAAGGUGUUUAAGGGCAAAUUACCUUGUAAGUUAAGAAUCUCUACUGCCACUCAUUUUUGUCUGGGUUGGGAGGGUCUGGGUUUUUUCUAUCUUGAUUUUUAUGUUUAAUUUAUUUGUUAAUCAAUUUGAUCAGGGGGAGACAUGGCAAUUUUAUAUGAUUUGAGAAAAUUGGAGAUUCCGAAUCCUGUGGUCUUAAGGUCAACGGACAGUUAUUGUAGAAUUUCAAAAUUACAUAAAUGUACUUAUGGAAGUUUAAAAAAACACAUUGUUUCUUUAUUUAUUCUCUACAAUUGCUGUUUUAAAACAUAUGUCUUUAAAGAAAAUAAAGUACAAUUUAGAAAAA